AUGUCAUUUGAUAUAAACUGGAAUAAGAUCAACGAGGAUAGCACCAUUAACCAGCGAGCCCGCGCUUUUCUCAAUGAGCAUCUCGAAUCGCUGCAGCUGCCCAGUUAUGUGAGCAACAUCAAAAUGACCGAUUUCAAACUCGGGACAAUACCCCCACGCAUCACUCUGAAGCAGAUAGACAACCCCCUGGACGACUUCUAUGAGGCGUUGCGGCUUGAGGGCGCGUCUAUCGGCGGCCGCGACACCGACGUGCAGUUUCUGAUGGAGGUGGAUUACAAGGGCGACAUGCUGAUAGAGCUGAGUGCGGAGCUCGUGCUCAACUACCCCAGCCCCAACUUUAUGCAGCUGCCCGUCAAGCUCACGAUCAGCGAUAUUGGCAUCCACUCCCUGUGUCUGGUGGCAUACCUGCAGCGCCAACUCUUCAUCAGUUUUUUGUGCGAUGUCAGCGAUCCUGCGCUGGACAACGUGGAGUCCCCGCUGGACAGCAAUGGCCCAGCGUUUCUGGGGUCCAAGGCCGUGGAGAGGAUAUCUCUCAUACGGAGCAUCAAGAUACAGACGGAAAUUGGGCCCCAGGAUCUGAGCGAGGGCACCAUUUUGCGGAGCGUGGGCAAGCUGGAGCAAUUUCUGUCCGAUGUGUUCAAGAACUUACUUCGGAAGGAGGCUGCCUGGCCGAGCUGGAUCAACUUGGACUUUAACGAGGAUGUCUCUGCCGACGUAGAGAGUAGCAGUUCCGCGGAAGAAUCGCUCCCGCACAGAGACGAUGCACAGGACUUCUCUGCCGAUGCGAGAGCAUAG